AUGGGUCUCGAAGCAACAAUGAUAGCCAUUGAUAACUCUGAAUACAUGAGAAAUGGUGAUUUUCUAACAAAUCGAUAUGAAGCACAAUUGAGUGCAACUGAGUUUAUUUUCCAGAAUAAGGUUAACUCCAAUCCAGAGAACACUGUUGGGUUAUUGGCUUAUGGAGGAAAUGGUCCGCAAGUUUUAUCUACAUUGACUACUGAUUUUGGUAAGAUAUUAUCAGGAGCCCAUGAAACCAAGAUAUUUGGAGAAAAUCAUUUUUCAAACGGGAUUCAGGUGGCUGCAUUAGCAUUAAAACAUCGUCAAAAUAAAGUUCAAAAUCAAAGAAUCAUUAUCUUUGUUGGUAGUCCAAUAAAUGAACUGGAAAAAGAAUUAGAAAAAUUGGCUAAAAAAAUGAAGAAGAAUAACGUUGCAAUCGAUAUAAUAAAUUUCGGCGAAGAAGCAGUUAAUACUUCAAAAUUGGAAAAAUUUAGUUCUGUUAUAAAUAAUCACGAUAAUUCUCAUCUUGUGACCGUUUCAGCUGGUCCUCGUUUAUUAUACGAAGUAAUUGCAUCUUCUCCAAUCUUGGUAGAAGAUGGAUUUGAUAUGGGAGGUGCAGGUGACUUUGGUGGUGAUGGUUUCAAUGCAGCAGGUGGUGACUUGAUUGAUCCAAAUAUGGACCCAGAUUUAGCAUUAGCCUUGAGACUUUCUUUAGAAGAAGAAAAGUCUAGACAAGAAAGAGAAGCUGCUGAAAAGGCAAAACAAGAAUCUCAAAGUGACUUAACCAAAAUCGAUGAAUCUAAAGAACCUGAAAACGAAGAUAAAGAUGGUGAUACUGAUAUGAAAGAUGCAAAAUAA